UGAAGAAUUCUUCCUGUUUUGGUACCUCCCUGUAAAAUACUUCGUUGCAAUGUUUACUAGAAGUGAGCAGGGCUGUUAGGAGGAAGAGAAGUGGGGAAGUGAUCAGAGUUCACAGUGGAGGGCACAGGGUGACAUCCCAUAAUUACAUAAACUCACGGGGGCUGCCAAAGAGGGCAAACAAGCGCGUGGAACCUGGAAGCCAGAGAACAUCGCUGUACAGGAAAGAAACUGAAGCCGUUUUCAGAGCCGGCCUGGGCCGUAGAAAACUCUCAGAUUCUGUCUACCAUGGAACGUGUGCUUGGCUUGUUGCUGUUGCUAUUGACCCUGGCGCAAGCCUCUCCCGCCACGCCAGAGCCCUGCGAGCUGGAUGAGGACAGUGUCCGCUGCGUCUGCAACUUCUCAGAUCCGCAGCCGGAUUGGUCCAGCGCUUUUCUGUGUUCCGGGGCCGUGGAUGUGGCGUUCUACGGCGGCGGUCGCAGCCUGGAGCACUUUCUAAAGCGUGUGGACACCGAAGCAGACCUUCGGCAGUACGCAGAUGUGGUCAGGUCCCUGCCCUGGGAGCGGCUUACCGUGGGGGACGCGCAGGUUCCUGCUCCAAUGCUAUUUGGAGUCCUGCGUAUGCUCGGGUAUUCCAGCCUCAAGGAAAUUACUCUUGAAAACCUCGAGGUAACCGGCACCACGCUGCCGCCGCUUCUGGAAGCCACCGGACCCGAUCUCCACACCUUGCGCCUCCGCAACGUGUCGUGGGCGACAGGGGAUGCCUGGCUCGGAGAACUGCAGCAGUGGCUAAAGCCUGGACUCCAGGUAUUGAGUAUUGCUCAGGCACACACACUCAACUUUUCCUGCGAUCAGGUCCGAGUCUUCCCCGCCCUUGCCACCUUAGAUCUGUCUGACAACCCCGAACUGGGCGAGAGAGGACUGAUCUCGGCUCUGUGUCGGAGCAAAUUCCCGGCCCUCCAAGUUUUAGCGCUGCGCAACACAGGGAUGGAGACGCCCAGCGGCGUGUGCUCUGCGCUGGCCGCAGCAAGUGUGCAGCUGGAAGAACUGGACCUUAGUCACAAUUCACUACGGGAUACUGCAGGCGCUCCCGGCUGUGACUGGCCUAGCAAGCUAAACUCGCUCAAUCUGUCUUUCACUGAACUGGAGCAGGUGCCUAAGGGACUGCCAGCCGCGCUCAGAGUACUUGAUCUCAGUCACAAUAAGCUGGAUAGGAAACCUAGGCCAGAUGAGCUGCCCAAGGUGGAUAAACUGUCACUUAAAGGAAAUCCCUUUUUGACCCCUGAGCCCUACUCCAAGGAGAACAACUCUGGUGUACUCACAGCCCCAGUGCGUUCUUCCCUGGCAGUGUGCAUGUCAGGAACUUUGGCUGUGCUCCAAGUAGUCAGCCUUUUUACCUAAUGCCAAAGGGAGAAAAAGGAACAUUUACAUUAUUCUGGCUUCUGAGGGUCCUGGUCAGGAUGAUCAGAACUUUUUGACCAACGAAUCCUCUGCCUUACAGUUAUUAAAAUCUUAAACCACGAUGUAAGGGAAGAAAGACAGUCUUAGAUGGCUCAGUAGGUAAAGGCCACCAAGCUUGACACCUGAUUUUGAUCCU